CGCGCUGCGUGACCCGCACCCCGGAAGCGCGGCGAGACCCCCGCGCCGCUGCGGGCGCCGGCGCCGCUCCGCCAUGUGAAGCCGCCGGGACCGGCUCCCCCGGGCGGCGGCGGCGGGCGCAAUGGAGCCCACGGCCUCGCGCGUGUUCUGUGGCCGGGUGCUGGGCAUGGUCAACGCCGAGGAUGUCAACGCCAUCAUCCAGGCCCAGAAGAACAUGUUGGAUCGAUUUGAGAAGACCAACGAGAUGCUGCUCAACUUCAAUAACCUGUCGAGUGUCCGCAUGCAGCAGAUGAACGAGCGGUUUCUGCACCACACCAAGACGCUGGUUGAAAUGAAAAAGGACCUGGACAGCAUCUUCCGAAGAAUCAGGACGCUGAAAGGGAAGCUAGCUAAACAGUACCCGGAGGCCUUCAGCAACAUCCACGAAUCUCCGAUUCUAGAUGAUGAUGAUGAUUUUGACCCUGUUCCAAAAAGCACGACAACUACCAUUGCUACCUCUGAGCAGAGCACGGAGUCUUGUGACACGAGCCCUGACAUUAUCUCUCCAACCAUGAGUCAGGAUUUUGAGGAUUUAUCACAAGGCCAGUACGAUUCACCGGCUGUGAACGGACAGAGUCUAACAGAUGAAGAAGCUGUCAAUGACCUGGACUAGGUGUAUUGCUACUGUAUGGCCACAGCCAGCUCAGCUGCUUGGACUGCAGAGAACUUCCUGUCCUGUAUUUAUAUUUGUGUGUUUCCUUGGCCAUUACGUUUUUUGGAAGAGGGAAGUGAAAGCUGAGAGGUGACAGCUGAGCGAAGAAGAGACCCCUUCUGCCUCUAAACUGCCACCAUAGUGCAUACCCUGCAGCCUGAUAUGGGCAAAUAAGUAAAACAUGGAUUUGAAA